AUGAAAACCGACCAGCUGAAGCUCAAGCCCCUCUUCUCUUGCGGUUUCUUCCGCCAGUGCACCCAGACCGUCCUCAGCCCCAAAAGCUCGACCCCGCCGCCCCUCCCCCACGCGCCGCCGCCACCCCAGCCGCCGCCGCAGCUUCCGGAGUCGUCCUCCUCGUCGUCUUCCAACACUUCCCAGAGCUUCACACAGUGGAGAUUCCCUCUGCCCAACUCUCCGAGGCCUGAUCCCGAACCCGAUCGGAAGGCGGAUCCACCGCCCACCGCCGGUCUGGAAGAGGUGUUCCGCGUGGCGGAGGCCCAAUUCGGGUCCGGUUCGGACGUGGGUCGGGUUGGGGCACUCCAGCUGCUGGAGCGGGCCCUUGUUGCGAACCCGGGCACGGACGGCGGCUGUCCGGCGGCUGUGGUGGGAGGGGUGGUGGGGUGCCUGAGAGGCGGGGUCGGGCGGAAGGCGGCGAGCAAGGUCCUCCUGGCGCUUUGCCUGGCGGAGGUGAACCGGCGGUCGGCGGUGGAGGCGGGGGCAGUGGCGGCGGUGGUGGAGGCGCUGGCGGACGCAGAGGGGGCGGUGGCGGAGCGGUCUCUGGCUGCGCUGGAGCUUAUGUGCACGACGGCGGAGGGGGCGACGGCGGUGGGGUCCCACGCGCUGGCAGUGCCGAUGUUGGUGCAGGUAAUGGGGGGCGCAUCGGGGAGGGGGAGGGAGCACGCGAUGAGCGUGCUGGCGGUGGUCUACGGCGGGCGGGGAAGAGGAGAGGCGGCGGUGGCUCCGGCGGAGGAGGUAGCGCGUGCGGUGGCGCUGGCGCUGCAGGGGGAGUGCAGCGCGAGGGGGAGGCGAAAAGGUGCCCAGCUGCUAAGGAUACUUGAGGGAAAUGGACGGCCGGAGAUGGGGGAGGACGGCAGAUGA